AUGUGCCCUAACACGUGCCUUGCAUUCACAGGGCCAUAUGCUGACCUUGCUCGUUGCCCUCGAUGCGGAGAGGGUCGAUGGGAUCCCAAGAAGACUACGGCUACUCAGAAAGUAGCUCGUCAAACCUUCGACACCUUUCCAAUAGGACCGCAAUUGCAAGCCCUUUGGCGCCAUCCUGACCACGCGGAGAAGAUGCGAUGGCGUGAGGAGCGCACACAGAGCAUUCUCGAUGAGCUCAAAAUGACUGGAGGUAUCCCUGACGUCUAUGAAGACGUCUUGCACGGCAAACAAUACCUUGAUGCAUGCCAGUCUGGCAAAAUCAAGGACAGAGAUGCGGUACUCGUGCUGUCGAUUGACGGCGCUCAACUUUACGAAUCCAAACGUUCGGAUUGCUGGAUUUACAUUUGGGUCUUGUUCGACCAUUCACCAGAUGCGCGCUAUCAAAAGAAAUAUGUACUACCU